AUGGCGGACUCUCACAGUAACAGUAAUCACGUCCCCGUGUUAUUGUCGUUCAACGUGUUUUCUCGGCCCUCGUCCGUGCCCGUGAGCUCUGGAUAUGAAGUGCUCAUCCAGAAGUUUCUGUCCAUGUACGGAUAUCAGAUCGAUGUCCACCGUAAAUUCGUGAUUCAGUAUUUCUCCGAGGAAUGGGGUCAGUACAUUGAUUUGCCGAAGGGAUUCGCGAUCUCGGAGAAAUGUCGGCUCAGAUUAGUGCCCGUGCAGAUGGAUAUCACGACAUUAGGAAACCUGUCACCUGCCACCACAGUGUUCUUCUGCUGUGACAUGCAGGAGAGAUUCAGACCUGCCAUCAAAUACUUUGGUGACAUCAUCAGUGUGGGACAGAGGCUGCUGCAGGGAGCUCGUAUUCUGGGUAUUCCUGUGGUGGUAUCGGAGCAGUACCCUAAAGGACUGGGCAGCACAGUGCAGGAGAUGGACCUGACCGGCGCUAAAAUAGUUUUCCCCAAAACCAAGUUCUCCAUGGUGCUUCCUGAGGUGGAGACAGUGCUGGCUGAGAUUCCAGGAGUGCGCAGUGUUGUGCUGUUUGGAGUCGAGACGCACGUGUGCAUUCAGCAGACUGCUCUGGAUCUGAUAGGACGAGGGUUUGAAGUGCACAUUGUUGCUGACGCCACGUCCUCCAGAAGCAUGAUGGACAGGAUGUUUGCACUAGAGCGUCUGGCUCGCACUGGAAUCAUCAUCACCACCAGUGAAUCGGUUCUUCUGCAGCUGGUGUCUGAUAAAGAACAUCCAAAGUUCAAAGAGAUUCAGAACAUCAUUAAAGCCAGCGCUCCAGAGUCAGGCCUGUUGUCAAAGGUCUAAUCAGACCCCAGAUUAAAGGUCAACCUAAACGUGCUCUACAUAUCACAUCUUCACACACACAAAUGUGCUGGAAUGGGUUGAAAUGCUCACCGGCAGACAUUUGUGCCCAAGCUUUAAAUGUACUUCACAUGUAGUUCAAAAGCUAUAUGUGACAUUUAGGAUCCUAAAAUAAUCCAAAAUGUAUUUCUAUUUUUAGAUGUGUGAAAUGAGUGUGAUAUGAGAGCAAAAUAUUUGACCUGAACGCAUUCAUCCUUCUGUUGAUUUUGAAUGAAUGUGUCUGUGCUCUGAUUAGCAAAAAAGCACCAAAAUAAAGAAUUCCUACUAAAAGAACUGCACAAUUGGAAAUAGAAUGUUUUUCUAUAUAACUCAAUUACUGCAAACAUUUGCUGUGAAUGUAAGUACAGUUAAAUGAUGUUUGGGGACACAUGCUUUUCAAUGCUUUUUGGGGUUUCGUCUCUUGCUUUAGUUUUAGAUAACUGAGCCCAUGUAUGGCUCGCCUUGCACACCUUUAGUUAACUAUGCUACACAAGUGUCAUGCUUGACUUCGUAGGGCUACAGUAUAUAACCAGUGGAAAUCAUUAGUUUAAGAUGCUUUUGUUUAUUCCCAUUCUGUAAUGUGAUUUAUUAAGAGAUGUUUAUUAUUUCUGUAGUGAUUAUUAUACUCUAUUAUUGUAUUUUAAGCCUGUAUGGUUUGAACAUCAGACUACCUCUCAUCUAAACAUGCUGGUUACAUCAUGGUCACGUCACGACAUUUUAGACAGUUUAGACAUUCACACAUUUCUGUGUGUCACAAGAACAGCACCUUUACCAAAACAAUUGAAGCUUAGUCAAAUAUUAUUUUUAUAAUAAGGCUUACCGUCACAAAGAGUCAUUUUCCAGAAUGAGAGCGUCAGGGGUGCGUACAGUUCUGCAGUUUUCCAGAAAGAAAUUACAUUUAUGUGUAAACCUGUUUGUUUUGUUUUUUUGCAUUGUUAGAUUCAAAUCUUGAUUUAUUGCCCAAACCCAGUAGACUGCACUUACUGACAUCCUGAGGCAGAGGAUUGUCAUUUACAGUUUUAUUUAUUGAUAUUUCUUGUGUGUAAGUGUGUGUGAUUUGUGUUUAAAGAAUUUUGACAGUGUGUACAUGUAUAUGGGAAGAAAACUAUGUAUUUGGUGCCUACUGCUGACCAGUCUCUACUGAUUGUACGAAGCGCAGAUACAUUUUCUUGAUGUGACAAAAUUAUUUUGUGGAAUCUGCUCUAAUAUCUGAUGUGAAUAAAUGUUUAUAUGCACUAAAUCUUGUAAAUGUGAAGAUGUUUCAUUUAUGUUGGUGUAGAAAUGUAUGUAUUUCAUCCCAACAAAUUUUGAAAAGGGAGAAGGCAAAGUGGGUGUGUGAGCUGCACUAUAUCAUGUAGCAGGAGUGAAGAGUUUCUGUGCUUUGAGUUUAUUUUUGCUGCAUUCGGGGGUGGGGGUCUUCGGAUACACUAGAUAAAAUGAGAAAUGUAAUAUGAAUUUUGUCAUUUCUGUACCACUGGUUCUAACUCAUUAUUUUUUACAAAUCUUGCCACUCUUAGGCCACGUCCACACUAAUAUGUUUUCAUUUGAAACAUACACUUUGGCCUUCUGUUCACACUGAUAGAGCAUUUUUGUCCAUUGAAAACUGAGCUUUUUGAAAAUACUCUCCCAAGUGAAUACAUUUGAAAAUGCCAUCUUCAUGUUGUAGUGUGGACAGGGAAAAUGCUGAUAUUUGAAACUGAGGACGUAUCUGUUGUCAUGAGAUGUAGUCAUGUGAUCCAUUCAACCCAAAACAAUCAAGAUGGUGGCCCAUGUUGUAAUGGUGUUGUUGUGCCUGCUAUUCAUUUUGAUAGCGUUGUUAAAGAUAAAUGUUACUUUGUACAGCCUUCACAUUGCAUUCCUUCAAAGGUGACGGGACGUUUACUCUGGAUUGCUGAUCGACGGUGGAACACGAGGACAAUUGCAUUUCAGACCGUAAAUGGAAAUAACGCUGGGCCACGCAUCUUACGUUUUUUUCACAUGCACAGUAAGGAAAUUAUCUGGGGGUACUUCAGCAAGGCUGGAAUCUAGCAGAUUCAUCUUUGUGAAGGGACACAUGAAUCAAGCCAUGUACAAGGUUGUCCUGUAAGAAAACUUGCUUCCUUCAGCUUUAAAAAUGUUCCCCAACUCAGGAUUGGUUUUUCCAGCAGGACAAUGCUUCAUGCCACACAGCCAGGUCAAUCAAGGUGUGGAUGGAGGACCAGCAGAUCAAGACCCUGUCAUGGCCAACCCAAUCUUCAGACCUGAACCCCAUUGAAAACCUCUGGAAUGUGAUUUUUGUGCCAGGAGUGGCAUAAAGUCACCCAACAGCAAUGUGAAAGACUGGUAGAAAGCAUGCCAAGAAGCAUGAAAGUUGUGAUUAAAAAUCAGGGUUAUUAUAUAUACACUUAUGAGCCAAAACAUUAUGACCAUCUGCCUAAUAUGCUGUUGGUCCUCCGCGUGCCACCAAAACAGCGCCGACCCGCCGAGGCAUUGACUUUGCAAAACCCCUGAAGGUGUCCCGUGGUAUCUGGCACCAAAAAAUUAGCAGCAGAUCCUUCGAGUCCUGUAAAUUGUGAGGUGGAGCCUGUCAGGAUUUUGGACUUGUUAUUCUUUGUUUUAGCCACUUGAGGGCCUCAGUGGUCUCUCUUAUGUUGUUUUUCCCUGAGUCAUCAUUAUUGCUGUCACCUGUGUCUCAUUCCCCUAUGUGUAUUUAAGAUGGUUUAUUCCCUUGCUUCAGUGCUUGGUGUUGAGUUGUUUUAAGACAAGCUACCUGUGCAUCUGUUCUUGUGUUUCUUCCCUGUGGAUUAUUCUAUGCAAGUUUUUUCUUUGUGGAUUAUAUUUUUCUCUUUGCUUUUGUUUGCACUAUUUCCUGACUGGAUUAUAUUUUUGUUUUUUACCUGUUUGGAUUGGUCCCCUAGGUAGCCCCAUAGCUGUGCACACUUAACUUGGCUGGACACUUGAAGGGCCCCUUAACCUUUCUCUAGCAUCCCUCAAAUGCCAGUUCAUGCCUCCACACCACAUUCUUACUCCUAUGCAAGAUUGGCUUACAGUCUCUUGAGUCUUAGAAACAGGCUAAGAGGCUAAUUUUGGCUAAGGUCCUUUAACUGUCAUUGUGGCACAACUGCACAGUCAUCUGCCCCUUAACAAGCUAUUAGAACCUUUUCAAUCUGGGUUCAGAUCGGAGCACAAUAGCAAGACUGCCCUGGUUUGAGUUUAGGACUGCACCUAACGAUUAUUUUUUUUAUCGAUUAAUCUAAUGAUUCUUUUUCUGAUUAGUCGAUUAAUCUAAUGACUAAUUUGCCGAUUAUUCGAAAGAUUUUUGUAUAAUUAUUACUUGAUUAAUAUAACAAUAACCCAAAAUAAAUAUACAAAACUUGUCUCAUUAAUAUUUCAAUAUUUUAUUAAAUCAUCUCUUAAACACAAACAAAUGUACAAGAAACAAAGUGUGCACUGCAGGGCAUUAUUCUGCAACAAAAAACAGUGUUACUAUGAAUGCAAACUUUAAUACAGUGAAAAAGAAACUCUUAGCAUAACACAUAUAUAUAAAUAAAUAAACAUUUCCAACAUUCUUUUGAAUGUCCAUGUACUAAAAUAAAAUAUUUGAUGCCAUGAGUGUACCUUCAUUAACUAUUAGUAUUAUUUUGAAUGGCCAUGGAAAAUGAAGCAAUGUGAUAACAAUUUUACCUGGUCGCAAAAAGUAGUCCGUUAAUUUACCUGAUGAUCUUUCACCUUUUGCUGACCCUUUAUGCUUCGCAGAGCUAAUGUGUGC